UGCGAGUUCCAGCCCCGCCCACUGCGAGUUGCAGUCCCGCCCCCCAGCCGGCUGUGACGCCGGGCCGGUUCCUUCCCCUCACUGUGCGCCGGGAGCAGCUGGUACCGGGGUGAUGCGGCCGGACAGACGGGCUGCCAGAGUCCCUCGGUUGUACAUUUGGUGCCUGUCGCUGGAACCCAGGUGACACAACAUCGUCCCAUCCGCAGAAGCAUCACCCGCGAGCGGCUCAAGCAACAUUAAAGAUAGGACCCGUUGCCAUGGUGCCCCUGUGGUUACUAUUGCUGUUCCACGUAAUCCAUUUCAGCCACGGAAAUGAGAUCGAUUCUGCCGCCAGCAAUGGAUCUGCCCUGUCGUACCAUUAUGGGAAGCUGUACCUGCCAGAUGAUCAUAUUCCAUAUUAUCUGCACAGUAACAGGCACAUCGCUGCCCUCUGCCGCCGGGAUCCGCACUGUCCCUUUAAACAACACCUACAGAAUCUGAAUUCCUGCUGGGGAUAUGAGAAGUCCUGCACUAAAGGCCACGGGUAUAGUUACCCGGUGUGUGACCAGGUUGACUUCGGUUGGGCCAAGACUAUAGAAGAGUCCCAGGAAGUGUUCUGGAAACAGGCGGACUUUGGUUAUGUGAAAGAGAGAUUGGCUGAGACCCAGAUAUUAUGCCGCCCCCAAGAACAGGGAGAUUCCAUGUUGGCCUGUUCCAGAAACCUCCAGCACUGCAGGGCCACAAACCUUUACCUGGACCUGAGAAAUCCCAGGAGAGGACAAGAAAACUUUAAGGAAGACUUCCUGCAGGAAGGGGAAAUCGGAGGACGCUGCAACCUCGAUAAACAGGCGUUAUUGUCCCAAGGAGCCUGGAAGAGCCCUUUGCAAUCUUGGUUUGCUGAGUUGCAGUCCUACAGCUCCUUAACAUUUAAGCCUGUAGAAGAUGCCCAUUGUGAUAUCAUCAUAGACAAGCCGACCUACUUCAUGAAACUGGAUGCCGGUGUCAAUAUGUAUCACCACUUCUGUGAUUUUGUCAACCUUUAUAUCACCCAACACGUCAACAAUUCAUUCAGCACUGACAUCAACAUUGUUAUGUGGACCACAAGCGUGUACGGAUACGGCGAUUUGUUCAGCGACACGUGGAAAGCUUUCACGGACUAUGACAUCACACAUCUGAAAGCCUAUGAUAACAAAAGAGUGUGCUUCAAGGAUGCGGUGUUUGCCUUGCUUCCCCGAAUGAGAUAUGGCCUGUUCUACAAUACUCCAUUGAUAUCGAACUGUCACGGGAGCGGAUUAUUCCGAGCAUUUUCUCAACAUGUUCUCCAUAGGCUGAAUAUUACUCAGCAACUGCCCAAGGAGGCGAAAAUCCGCAUCACCAUACUCGUACGCAGCACGGAGUUUAGGAAAAUACUGAACUUGGACGAGCUGGUCCAUGCGCUGGAGGCGGAGCCCACCUUUCAGGUGAAAGUGGUAGAUUACAAGUACAGAGUCCUGGGGUUCCUGGAGCAGCUGGAAAUCACGCACAACUCCGACAUAUUCAUAGGGAUGCACGGCGCCGGACUCACCCACCUCCUCUUCCUUCCCGACUGGGCUGUUGUCUUUGAGCUGUAUAACUGCGAGGACGAGCGAUGUUAUUUAGAUUUGGCGAGGCUGCGAGGGAUUCGAUACAUGACGUGGGAGAACAGAGAUAAAGUGUUUCCUCAGGACAAGGGACACCAUCCUAAUUUGGGAGAGCACCCAAAAUUCACCAAUUACGCCUUCGAUGUAGAGGAAUUUCUGCGUCUCGUCCGGCAAGCAGCGAAGAACGUGUCUCGCCAUUCCAAGUGGCCGUUCCGCAGGACUCGCGAUGAGCUGUGACUUCCCUCAGGCACAAAGCAUUGAGCGUUCCCUGUCUGCAUAGGGCGAGACAUUGCGAUUGGCUGCCGUUGGGUCAAUGGAUUUUAACCCCAUGAUGGAGGUUAAUUAUAUUUUUGACCCUUUACUUGACCCGAGAAGAUGAGAUUUAUUUCAUGGCACAGGCGUUUUUAAAAUUCUUGAAAAAAAAACCCAAAACGUUAAUUAGUCAAGUACUAAUUAAUAUUUCAAUACCCAUGAUGCUUCACUUCAAUGCUGUGUUUCACUUGUGUAGGUCACCUUCCCUAUAGUAAUAAAUAGGGGCUUGCAGGUUUGGCCUAUAGUGAUGGUGGGGCCUGGGGCAAAGCAGAGUUUUCUGGUGUUGUUGGACUAUAACUAUCAGCACCCAAGCUGUGUUUGCUACUAAGUAACACUUAGGGCCAGUUUGGCUCUGAAAGACUCCAGCAAAGAAAUGAGAAUGGAACGGAGGAGAAACGGAAAAGAAUAGGGAAGGGGAUAUGUAAGGCAAAUGGAUGAAAUAAAGGGAAAGUAAAAAAUAAAAUUCUGCACUGCCCUUCAUUAGACAGGCUACUAUCUAUGGCGCAGCUAGAGGGCACCUAUAUGCCCGGCCCCAGGGCUCCUAGGCCCCUAAGACCAAUAGGGAAAGAGUAGUGGGAAGAAGAGGGAGAGUAGAGAUCCCACUAUGAGGAUGAGCAGCCUGGGGCACUCAAGUGGGGGCUGAACCCACAUACCCCUAUAUGUAAUAAAAGGCACUACGUUUGCCCAGGAGCAGUAACCCAUAGCAACCAAUAAGAUGUUUGCUGUUAAACAGUUGACCAGUAAAUUCUACCUGCUGAUUGGUUGCUAUGGGUAACUGCUCCCAAGCAAACUUAGUGCCUUUUAUUACAUAACCCCAAUAGGGCACAGGGAACCCCCACAUGGAGAUAUGGCAGCUAUGUAUGUUCUGACCCGUGCUCCCAUGUAACGUCUGAACACGCGGGUUGCUGUGUAUGUGUCUCUUUUAUACAGUUUUAUCCAAGACACUGCGUCACUUUUGUAUAUAUUAAAAUGACAUUUUAACAGGAAA